GAGGAAAUGGCGCGACCUCGGUGCCAUGCGAAUUGGCGAAUGUGACGAGCGUCGACUUUUAAGGAUCUAAAGUUUGGCUCUUGGUGUUGGAGAGCGCAGGCAGGCAGAGCUUUGCUUGCUGUGAGAGCGCAGCGAUGGCGGAUGCAGGCGCGUUGGAAGCUCUAGUGGCAAGAUUGGAGAGGGUCGCGUCGCUCUUGGAAGGCAGAUUGGAGACCUCGCCAGCUCUCGCGAAGAAGCCCGAUGUCUCGAGUCGAUCGAUCUCGGCAUUGGAUCUGGUGAAGGAGAAUGCGAAGGUCGAUAGCGCGGAUGGGGCCAUCAGCCCUUCCGUGGCCGCUUUCGAUGAGCUUUUGAAGACCAAGCUGACGCGCGUGAAGGCCGCGGCGGUGAAGAUUGGCGGAUCUGUGCUGAAGGCCACCGAGGUUCUGGAGAGUGCGUUUGCGGCGGAGCGGAACAUUGUGCUGGCUUUCUCCCAGUGCAAGGAACCUAACUCUGCAGGUUUACAAAACUUGGUCAAACCUCUGGGGGAAGCCAUCCAGAAGGCACAUGCCUUGACUGAAGGGAAAAGGACUGACGCUUUCAAUCAUCAAAAAGUUAUAGCGGAGAGUCUUUCAACACUCUCAUGGGUUGUGUACACGGGAAAAGACUGUGGACUGAGCCUGCCUGGACCCCAUGUCGACGAGAGUUGGCCAGCUGCAGAAUUUUAUAACAAUAAAGUUCUUGUGGAAUAUAAAACUAAGGAUCCAAAUCAUGUUGAGUGGGCAAAAGCCGUCAAAGACUUGUACAUACCAGGUUUGAGGGAUUAUGUAAAAAAAUUCCAUACCACGGGACCUGCCUGGAAUGCUAAAGGUAUUGAUGUCUCCCAGUUUGGUAUGGCUGCGACGAAGGCACCUACUGCCGCGCCGUCUGCACCACCAUCUGCACCAAGGGCACCACCCCCACCCCCACCUCCAGGCCCUCCCCCUCCUCCACCUCCACCUCCACCACCUUCAGGGCUUGCUUCUUCAUCGUCCGGUCCAGCUGCUCCUGCGCCUGCUGCGAGCAUGAGCGAAGUCUUCAAAGAACUGAGCAAAGGAGAAGCGGUUACAGCAGGGUUGAGGAAAGUGACGGAUGAUAUGAAGACAAAGAAUAGGGCUGACAGGACUGGGGCAGUUCCCGCCAUUUCCAAAUCAGAAAAGGAAGCCGCUGUGGCUCCAGUGAAAGCCGUUGUCAAGAAGCCAGUUUUCGAAUUGCAACUGGGACGGAAAUGGGUAAUAGAGCAUCAGGUUGGCAACAAGCAACUUAAUAUAGACGAUACCAAUCCCAGGCAAUCUGUCUAUGUGUUUGGUUGCAAGGAUUCAAUCAUCCACGUUAAAGGCAAAGUGAAUAAUAUUACAGUGGAUAAAAGCGUUAAGACAGCUCUUGUUUUCAGUGAUGUGGUUGCGGCUUGUGAGAUUGUAAACUGCACUAGCGUUGAGGUGCAGUGUCAGGGUUCAGCACCAACUAUCGCCAUAGAUAAUACAAAUGGGUGCCAGCUAUACUUGAGUGCAAACUCGUUACACGCGUCCAUAACGACAGCAAAAUCAAGCGAAGUAAAUAUUAUGGUCCCAGGAGCAACACCAGAAGCAGAUCUGGUGGAGCAUGCGUUGCCAGAGCAGUUUUUGAAUGAGUUUAAAGAUGGGCAAUUCAUCACCACCCCAGUUUCCCAUUCAGGGGGUUAAUAGUACGUUCAUCUGGAUAGUAUCCAAAUACUUCUUGCACUUUAGUCCCUGUUUUCUUCAUUAAACUCAAAUGAUUAUUUUAACGACUAGGAAAUUAGAGUAGUCGGCAACUGAGUUACCUACUGUGAUGAGGGCUCAUGUGCACUUAGCAUGCAAUGCCUGAGCAGGUCCCUCAUGUAUUUGAGAAUGGACAAUGUAAAAUCGCCUCAGUUCACCUCACUCAGUCACGAACGUGAGGAGGCUCUGCAGCAGGACUGACACUAUGUGCUAUCUCAUAUUACUAGUGCUCUAGCCCGAUUCGAGAUUUAUUUGCUUCCUCCAUAUUAGGGAAAGAAAUUGGAGAUGGUCUCUGCUUCCAAGAGUUUUGUUCCUCAUCUCUUGAAAGUCCCUGAGCAUUGUUUCAAGGAAAAGACUAUCGAAGUUACGAGGGUCCGAUUUUUAAAUGGCUUCGCAGUUUCUAUUCUC